AUGCUACAUAAUCGGCCAAGCAAAGGGGGUUUUCUCUCGGCUUUAGAGAUUUGGUUCUAUCCUCAUUGUGGUAACAAGCUUACUAUCCCUCUGCUAACUAGGAGAUUGAUGUUAGCCUUGCCAGGACACCAGGGGAUAAUGAGCUUGGAGCUUCACCUCCUCAAAGUACAAGCUUUCUCAAGCAAUAUGGUCUUUAAGGUCACUUUUUGGCUCCAUAUUGAGUGGAUCCUUGCCACUCCAAUAACGGGGAGCCUAAGCUCCAAAGGAACAUGCUCAAGGCAGACACCAUUCAGACACUCUUCACGGAACAUGAUUUUCAUGGUGUUGGCACCCCGCCUGGUGCUGCCAAUCUCAUCUCAUGGUCAGGCAUCACCAAUAUCCUCUAAGGUAUUAUGGCCCCAAUGCGGUUGGCAGCCUGUUUCUUUGAUGGAUUUGAUUACUGGUGCUGCAGUCAAAAAAGUUUAUAGAAAGGCAACUUUAUGCAUCCAUCCAGAUAAGGUGCAACAAAAAGGUGCCACUCUUCAACAAAAAUACAUUGCUGAAAAGGUUUUUGACCUUCUUAAG